CAAUAUUGAUCAAUACAGCUCACAGUGUGCACUUACGAUGAAGCAGAGAAAAAUGCCGGAAAUUCGUAUACGCCUUCCGCCGGUCCGUUGGUCGCAUGGUUAACAUGAUCAGAAAGGAAGGCAAGGACGAAGGAUCGUGGUAUGGGCUCUAGAGACGAAGAGAAGCGCGUAUACGGUGCAUAUUGGAAAUCGAUGCGUACACUCGCCUGUUGCCACAUUGCAUACGCAUUUGUCCGAUUUCAUGAAUCGAAUGAGAGAGAACGCAGGGGUAACAACAGACUGUACCUUUUUCUACGUUCCUUCUACCCCUACUCCUCAAACUCUCAGUCUACACUACGGAGUGAACACCACGUUUUACCAUAUCAGCCCGCGCAUUUUCCGCCGCCUUUCGUGAAUCUCCGUUCCGAAUCGGCGGAAGGUCGCGUCGUGGCGAUUGUUGACAGCCAACGCAGGGUAGGCUUUGAUACAGCUGUGCGCGACACGGCUGCAACGUUUUCCCCAUUGUCAGCGGCACUGGAUCCUCGUGCGUCGUUCGCGUCCCGACGCAGCCACGUCCAGGCUGCGUGUCCCGGCCAUCGUCACCCAUCGCGUCGACAGAUCGAGCCGCAUCGGCGUCGAGAGACUGGGAGGGACACGGAACUAGGAAAAAUGAGCAGUAGAUCGCAAAUGACUACAAUGAAUGGGAAGAGGCCCUCCUCAUUACCCUCUAGACAUCAACCAGAAACAUUGGCACAACACUUUGACUUGAUCAAAUAUAUAUAUGAUUCAUGGAAUUCUGUAUCUAGAGAACUAGAUAUGUGUCACCAAUCAACCACACAGUAAUCCCUCCAGUUAUGAAAUGGAGCAUCAGUUACAUAUUAUCAAGAGCGUGAACCAAAUCCACAGUUGAAAGAUUUCGAACCAUUUAAUUUGGAAGCAUGGUGGGGACAGCGUGUUGUGCAAAGUAUUACUAGGAAUGCAAAUUCCUAGUGCCAGGCCCAACACGCUGAUUACAAUCGGACAUUUUCAAACAGACACAAGAAACAAAAAAGAUAAAUUACAGAUUGAAAUUUAAUCUCCAUUUUUAUUUAAAAUGCGUUUUAUGCUUAAAAUUGAGAAAUACUUUAGGCCAGAACUGAAAUUCAUGCACAGAACAGUAGUACACAAAGAUAUAAGCAAGAAGAUUUAAACAUUAAGACAAUCGAACAAUAAAAUAAAAUAUUUAAAGUAGCAGCCUUAUGUUCUUGCAAAAUUUUUAUUGCGAUUGAUCGAUUUACUUAAUGCUUAGAUUUUACUGCUUAUGUUUUUAUGCGAAAGUAAGAGAACGAUAGGUGUGUAAGAAUUGCAACUAAAUUCUGCUUUAGAUAUGUGACAUACGUAUUUAUCUGAUUAACAAUUUUUUAAUCUUUUAACGAAAGAAGAAAAGAAGGGAUAAACUAUAAUGGCAUAAAUGUAACAGAAAUUUGCUAUUUACAUUAAAAAUUAUUUAAAGUGAAUAGCAAAUAGUAAAGAGAAAAAUACGACAGCUAUAUAGAUGCGUACAUUGCUGUACAAUAACAUUCCUCUUAUGAUUAUAUUUUAACGAAAUAUACUAUAUAAACUUCUUUUAAUUUUUAAAAAAAUAUAUUAAUCAGGGGUCAGAGAUAAAAUUUUUUGUUUGUACCAUUGUAAAACUGAAGAGAGACGUUUUAUAAUUAA